AUGGACUGCCAUUUGGCGGGUCAUUUGUCUGACUAUCCACCGAAGGCCAUCGGAUCAGAUAAAAGCGCCGGUACGCUAACAGGACCCAGACUAGCAGGCGAAUCUAAUCAGAUUAUCAGAGAAAUUAUCAGAUUCCAUACCAUUCGGAACGUUUCCAGGAAUCAUGAACCCGAGAGGCAUCCGACUGCGCCUAGGCACGUAGCCAUAUCCACCCAGCAACGUGGUAGAAGCUCGGCCUGA